AGUUCCACAAGAGCGAUUCAAAAACUAUAAAAAGUUUGGUUUCGAAUCUCUCUCGCAGUACUUUGAUGCCAUCCGCCUGUCGGGUCUUGUGGCGCCACAUCAAGUCGAACAAGCCUAUUUAAGCACCUAGCAGGAAGGUUUCACCUCAGCUUAGAGAGAUCAUAGAAAGAGGAAGUCUUAGACAGACACACAUAAUAAUACAAAGGGGUGACUAAAUAAUUUGCUUUCUGAGAAGAAUUCAGUAAAUUGCAGUAGUAACAAAAAAAAAAUGAGUGACGACACAGUUCCUCUGAUUUCAGACGAUGAUUAUUAUUCAUCAGAAGGAAGUACAGAAGCUGAGGGCAUUCACUGGGCAUCCUUUAAUCAAUAUCACCCACAUCAGGCUUUGGAGGCUCAAAGCAGGAUACACGCCCGGACUAAACACCCAACUAUGAGUACUUUAGAUUCAUCGCAAUUCAGGAUUGUUUUGGUGGGUAAAACUGGAUCAGGAAAGAGUUCAACAGGAAACACAAUACUGAACAGAAAUGCAUUUGGAGUUGUAAAAAUUUCUGCAUAUGGAGUGACUACAACCUCUCAGAAAGAAGAAGGAAUGGUGGAUGAGAAGAAAGUUUCAGUAAUUGACACACCAGGAAUAUUUGAUCCAUCAAUUACUGAAGAGACGUUGAGGUCUGAGAUCAUAAAUUGUAUAUACUUGUCAGCGCCUGGUCCUCAUGUGUUUCUGGUGGUCAUCAGACUGGACGUGAGAAUCACAGAGGAGGAGAAGAACACAGUGAGAUGGAUUCAGAUGAACUUUGGAGAAGAUGCUGCACGUUACACAAUCGUUCUGUUCACUCACGCUGAUGAACUAGAUGGAAAAUCAUUAUCAGACCAUAUGAGAGAUAGUAAUGCUCUCCAGGCACUUGUUGAUAACUGUGGAGGUAGAUGUCACUCAUUCAACAGUAGAGAUAAAACGAACCGCUCUCAGGUCACACAACUGCUGUGGAGGAUUGAGAAGAUGGUGAAGGAGAAUGGAGGCGAUCACUACACCAAUAAGAUGUUCCAGAAGGCUCAAAGGAAGAUACAAAUACGGAUGUUUUGGUCAGGGAAACCCAGGAUUGUGCUGUUGGGUAAAACUGGCUCAGGAAAAACUGCUACACUAAAAAACAUUCUAAAGUGUCAUUCACCAAAUUCAGCUACUACAACCUGUGAAGAACGCAGAUUAAAUGUGAAUGGAAAAAACGUUAAAAUAAUAGACACUCCUGGACUGUUUGAGACAUCAAAAAAGAUGAAGGUAAAUGCUGAAAUAAAGAAACUGUUCUGCAUGUCUGAUCCUGCUCCGUGUGUGUUCCUGCUGGUCAUCAAACUGGAUGGCAAAUCUACUAAGGUAAACAUGGUGAAAUGGAUUCAGGAGAACUUUGGAGAAGAUGCUGUAAAAUACACCAUCAUUCUGUUCACUCAUGAAGAUCAGUUGAAAGGUAAAGCCUUAAAUGAACAUUUCAGAAUGAGAUCAAAUCUACAAACACUGGUUCACUGCUGUGGUGGAAGAUGUCACUCAUUUAAUAAUAAAGAUACAGAGAACUGCUCUCAGGUCACACAACUGCUGAAGAAAAUUAAAACUAUGGUUGAGGAGAAUGGAGGCGAUCACUACACCAAUGACAUGUUCCAGCAGGCUCAAAGAAAGAUAAAAAUACGGAGGUUUUGGUCACUGAAACCCAGUAUUGUGCUGCUGGGUAAGAGUGGAGCAGGAAAAACUGCUUUAAGAAAAAACAUUCAGAGAAAAGACGGGAAAUCACCAAAUUCACCAACUGAAACCUGUAAGAAACACAAAGCAAAUGUGUAUGGAAAAGACAUAAGAAUAAUUGACACCCCAGGGCGUUUUGAAGAAACAGAUAAGCUGAGGUCUGAGAUUAAGAAGUGUGUAAAGCUGUCUUUUCCUGGUCCUCAUGUGUUUCUCUUGGUCAUAAGAGUGGAUGUGAGAAUCACAGAUGAGGAGAAGAUCCUGGAGCAAUGGAUUCUGGAGAACAUUGGUAAAGAUGCUGCACCCUACACCAUCAUUCUGUUCACGCAUGUUGACCAGCUGAGGGAUAAAACAUUAGAUGAGUGUAUCACAGAGAGGUCAGAUCUACAGGCACUGGUGAGCAGCUGUGGUGGCAGAUAUCACACAUUCAACAGUACAGACAGAGAAAACCAACAUCAGGUCGCAGAGCUGCUGGAGAAGAUUGAGACAUUGGCAGAGGGAAACAAAUGGAAGUACUUCACAAAUGAUAAGCUUAAAGAAUUUGUGAAAAGUAAGAUAAACUUUGAAAGGUUAAAAGCUACAUUGGGAGGUGUAGGAGGUGUAGCAGGUAUGAUAGCUGGAGGUGUGGUUCUGGGAGUAACAGAGUUUAUUGCAGCACCAGCAGUCGCGGUUGCAGUUGGUGUAGUUGUAAUUGGAGCAGCUGGAGUGUACACUUACAGAAAGAUUACACAGUGGCGUAAAAAAACGUCUUGGGAUUAUUUUGCUAAUAGUUAAACAGGGCCUGUGCAAGACAGCAAGCUAAAAGGUACCUGUUAUAACUUGUUAAAAUAACUUGUUUAUUUGUUAAUGGCAUUGAAUCAGUAUCACUUUUACACCCACAAGAUUGCAAAAGCACUGCAACAAAGUAAAAGAAAAACCUCUCUGACACACUUAGACAUCAACACUCAUCAUAAUAACCUCAUCAAUGGUGAUAAUCAUCAAACUAAUUCUGAUAUCCACAUCAACUGCAAUGCAUGCUGGGAGUCAAUAAAAACUCUUUUUGUUGAUUGUCACUUAGGGAUAGGCAUCUUUUAUAUUCAAUUUCUGUACUGGACAUGUUUGAUAAUCGAGUAUUUGAUUAAUUGGCGGCAGGGUGUCCUUGAUUACGAGUAAUUUAAAUCUACACUGUUACUAAUAAUUAACCUUCAAUGCUUUUGAAAGUAAAAUAACCAUUUAAAAGUAAAAUCAACAUGAGGUUAUACGCAAUCGUCCCUGCUCUUCGCAUUUCAACUAAAUCAAACACUGAUCACAACAAUGGUGGAUUUUGAUGGUGGUUGCUUACUAUCAGGGUAACAAAUGAAGAGUGAGAGUAAAUGUAAAUGUACUGUAAAUAAGUAAAAGUUACCUGAAAUAUCAAAGUUACCUAAUACCUGAUUCAGCUUAUCAGCCUUCCUCAGAAUGUCUCUAAUGCACACACUAACAAGCUGAUGAGUUGAAUCAGGUGUUUCAUAUACACUCAUAACAAUGUGGAGUAGGCUUUACUUCAAAAAAGCUAGAAACAGUUUUCACUCAUAAUUUUGAAGGAGCUGUCAUGUAAAAGCUAAACACAAUCUGCUGCUUUAAUUACUUUGAUAUUUCAAGUAACUUUUAGUUGCUCUUCAUUCCAAAGCAAAACAGUUAUUUAAGUUAUUGUAAUUUGAUGUAGUUGGGCUCUUGAUACCAGACUUUCUUUAAGUUUCUUCUCUUUCCGCACUUAAAGUAACAUUUUACUCAAUUAUUAGAAAGUGUAGAAACUGAUGUUUUUAAUAAAAGUUAAUAUGAAGUUGACUCAUGUCUUUGUAUUUGGCAGGACCUAAUAAACAGAAGUUACAGAAAGCAGCUGUGAGGUGAUUGUAAAUGUUAAUGAGUUUAAGCCAUGAAUGAAGUGAACAUGUUAAAUACCAAUUUAAAAUCAAUUCAAUUGUUUGCAAAUGGGUGUCAUAUUUAAGUUAAUCCAACAUCCAACAGAAAAAUCAAAUAGGCAUUUGUUUGAACGAUUCUUGAAUGUCAUACAAACUCUGACCAAUUUGUUCGUAAUUUGCUUUCUUAAACGAUAAAUGAAUACGAAUAUGAUCAAUUCUGUUCCAUCAUAAACAAAAUUAGAUCCAUUCCUUCCAUCCACAAUGACUAUCCCAGUCAACAAUUUGAUGUCACAAGUGAUGUUAUGGAGGAAUUCAUGAUAUGUCUUUGUUUUUAUCAUUAUUCACUAUGUAUUGCUCUUCGUUUUAAACACAUUUGUAUGAGAUUCAGAAAAGCACCCUGCACAGCUGUGUUUUUGAUGUCUGGCAGUGUUUAUGAAAUCUGGGGACUUUUUCCGGCCCCAACCCUACAAUAUGACCAAAUCUGGGCAUGUUCCGCCUCGUUACUAUGACUAUAAUCUACAUUGAGCAAGGCCACAAUUUUGCCACAGAUAAAGACAAGAGAAGGAGGUGAAGAAGGGGAAACAGGUCAUGAUGACCAUGACAUAAUUUUGGUGGAUGAGGAUUUAUAUAAAAAAUACACAAAGAUUUGUUGACCACCAAUAGAAAUGGAUAAAAGGGGACGGGCCAAAAGAGAAAGAGAUUACCUGAUUGGUACAAAGUUAGGAACACCUCUUGAUGUUUGGAUAUAACUGUUGAUGCAAAGCACUGUAUUUUCAGAUGACUUGGAACGUCUCACUUUGUUUGACUUGGACAAAUAAAGUUAACUCUUUGACACCUGGA